AUGAAGAGACAAAGUGAUGCACAACCCGGUGGUGAUGAUGAGCCAACUUCAAAGUCUAUGAAAACCAUGUCUGACACCGGGGGAGUAGGGCUUGACGAUGACAAUGAGUUCGCUGGACUACGUGGACAGUUGUUAGUCGAGGCGAUCUUCAAGAAAUGGGGGGCAGGAACGAUGACAAUUCCAUGGCUGAACACAGAGACAAAGGAACGCAACAUUCGAAGGGAUGGGGUCAACAGACCCAUCAUGGAAAGCCUCGCGGAGGCAUAUGCCGACCGGAUUCUCAGCUCAGGGCCCAAUGCCGAUCGACGUGCGUGGAUGUGCUGCCAUUCUAGCACUCAACCCCUACCUGCACAAGCGAUAACUUUCAACCAUCGGAGUGAAGCGAUGUUCAGAGCGAUUGAGCGGGAUCCCAAGAACCCGUACGUGGCUCGUGCCCUUGCCACUGGGCUGGAGAAUGUUAGAAUGUUGAAAUCAAGUACACCACAAUCGGUACGUGAAGCAUUGUGCAGCAUCCACAAUGCGUACCACGACGGAACUGGGGAAACGUGGAUGAGUUUACUCGACUUGGCAGGUGAGAUUGCGACUGCAUGGGAGCAGAAGGCAGCUUCGAUGAACAUGCAGACCAGGAAUACGAACUACGAAACCACCUAUGAGAAGUUCGUGUUCAAAGAACGAGCUGCAGAAGCAGCGCCAUGGUCGGAGUCCUUCAACUACUUCAAGAUUACCAAUGUGUUGAACAAUCACCUGAACCGCUUCAACAUCAAGGGCAUCGUGAGGGAUUGGUGCAACACCCACAUGAACUUUGCAGACUUCAAGCUGGUGAACAGGCUGGGCAACGGACAACAGCCAACAGCAAGGACAGUGCCUACUCGCAAUUCGGGCACUGGUGAGCGAUUGAUUCCCCAAAUCUUUGCGAAGACUGGUGCGGAGACUUUGGCCGUGAUGAAUUAUGUGGUGACACCAAUGUCUACUAGCUCUGUGUUCAAAAAAUUGGAGGAAGAGGCAGAAGCCAGGGCAGGAUCAAAAGCAGAUGCAUCUGCAGCUUUGGAUGGGGAGGAAGCUGGUCCUUCUCGGGGGCGUGCAGCUGGCAGGGGUCGUGGUGGUGCCGGCGGUGGUGGCCGCAAGCAAAAGUCAGUUUCAGGAAAGGCCAAGGCCAAGGCCAAGGCGACAUCAGAGGCUGAAAGAGCAGAAGAAAAACCUGAUGACCACUGGUCACCGAUGGCAUCUCCCUUGUCAAGUGAGGUGGGGGGUGGGUCUUUGGACGCCCGCUACAAGACGGCUUUGGAUGAUGUCAUGCACGUUUUCAAUGCCAUUGCCAGCAUCUACAGGAACAAGGUUGGUGAGGCAAGUUCGAAAGCACUGCAGAUCUAUGACCAGUCCAUCAUGACCUUGUUUGGCCACACCAUCUCGUGUUUCUUCGAGUUUGCUUGGUCAGGAACUGUGGCUAUCAACGGCAAAUUCGUGCGCACAUACAGUGGAUUCCGCCAGGAAAUUUCGACUUUCAUCACAACAGCUUGUGAGCUUGCUUCCACGUGCUCACAGCCAGGCAAAUCGCGUAUGUCUCUGGCCACUCACAUCUCGGAUGUUCUGGACUCUGAGACCGGCUUGGCUGUUGGACAUGGCAUGAAGGAUGAGUCAGAUGAAGCACGGGCCACCAACCGCAUUGUUGCUGCACUCAGCACUGCGGCAGCUUCUGGCAUGGUCGAGUUUGUGAAUGAGGUUCUGGAACUUCCGUUGGAGUUCCAUGCGAAGUUUUCAGAGGCCAAGCAGAAGUUAGCAGUUGACCCGGAGAUCAGUGCUGAAAGCACCCUGUACCAAGUGUUGCAGAAGGUCUACGAUGCUCUUUCGGUUGCGCUUCCGCCUAGGUGGGUUAGUUUGGCCGCUGAUGUGAGUGACGUCAUGGCGGUGAGAUUGGGCUUUGUGGGAGGUUCAGAUGCCAUCUUCAAGAACAGGAAAGAUCUCUUGGAGCGGUUCAUCACCUUGCGAUCGCUGUACACUCUCACACUUCUCCGGGACCUGAGCAAUUUGAAGAAGACUUCUUUCAAUGGCUCCGUGCGUUUGCUGACUUCUUCUUUGCAAGUGGACCUUGACAACGCCAUGAAGAUUGCCAAGAUUAGAUCCGAUGCAGUGCACAAUGGUCUGUCCAAAGAGGCAUCUGAUGAAGCUGAGCGAACCAUAGCGAAACCUCACCGAGUGGCCACUUUGGUUCCUGGUUUCGAUGUGUUGCAGAGUACCGAGACAUGGUCCAAGAAUUGGGCUGGGCUUCUGAAUGCAAAGACGCAGGAGGGUGCUUACUCCUGGUUGAAAGUGUUCGUCAAGAGUGAUUCGAUUGUGGAGGAGAUUGAAAAGGCGAAGAAGGGACCAACUGACGAGGAAGAUGAACCAUCGGCACCCGCAGCACAUGGAAGAGAUGGUGGUGAUGGAGCCGGAGAAAUGCCAGAAGCAUGGGCUGCGGGCGGAGUAGAAGGUGAACGUCAGCAAAUCAAAUCCCGAAUGACCUUGUUUGAUCUUGCUCGCAGCGGCGUUUCAAUGUUUGAAAAGGGGCUUGACUACGUCUCAUUGUUCAAGGAUACGCCCGACAUGGACCAUUACACUAGCGUGGUCGACAGCACCGCUGAAGUGAUCGAGUGGAAUUUUGGCGAUGCCGACGAAGAGGCACAAGCAUUUUCUACGGGAAAUGUUGGCAAGGUGGCCAAGGUGAACAAGAAAUUACAGGCCCAAAGGCUUAUCUUCUCCAAGUUCGACCAGAGCACUCCUGAGUUCAAGAAGUCGCUGCGGUUGCCCUACCUUGGACAUGUUUCCACCGUCAAGUCAGGUGCAGCUUCUUUUUGCAUUGGCACUAUCUUUGACUGCAACUUCUACAUGAAUCCUUUGCCAACGCCCAGCCCAGCAAGCCCGACGAUUAUCCCAGCGUGGUUGAUUCCAAAUACCAACAAGCCCCCCCAAGCGACGUUGAUGGAAAAGGAGGAGAAGAUCCAAUGUGUUUUGACCAGAGACCUGAAGAUUGCAACGUUGACUGAUGCCAUUGAAAAAUCAGAGGUGGCGUUGGUCGAUUUGCGCAUGAAAGUGCUGCUUGGGCUGUCUCCGAAUGAGUUGGUAUUCCAAAAUGCUGAGAAGGAGAAGGCAACUGAACUUCCCCUGCUCAAGUAUCAGCACAAGAAGAAAGAUGGAGAUGAAGCAGGUGAUCCCAUGGAGAAGGAACAACUUUUUGGAUACCCCUUUGCGCUGCUUUCGCGUCGUACGGCUAUGGAGGCUGCUGGUAUGUCUACGGCUUUGCCAUCCCUGUCCAAAGAGCAGAAGAAAGCUGAGAAGGACAAAAAGAAGGCUCUUGUGAAUGCUAAGCAUUUACUGCGAUAG